GGUGGGUGUGGGUGUGGGUGUCGGUGGGUGUGGGUGUAGGUGUCGGUGGGUGUGGGUGUAGGUGUCGGUGGGUGUGGGUGUAGGUGUCGGUGGGUGUGGGUGUGGGCCUGGGUGUUGGAUCUUUCCUCUUUUCAUUUACACCUGUAACCACACCCACACCCACACCCACUCCCUCAAUAUUAAAUUUUGUCACACCAUCGUUUGAAUUGAGCACUUCUGUGUCAUUUUACUCCAUAAGAAAUAAAUAAAAAUCCAUUUAAUUUUCACAAACUUCCCGAUAAUGCUUCAUUAACUGUAUCUCAAUAUGUGUCACUAUUUAACCAAUUGUCGAAUCGACAAAAGACAUAACCAUUCCACCAAAUAAAACCAACUAAACUUACAAGUGCUCGAGAAGAUGAUAUUUCUUUCUUCGGUGUUGAUUUUUCUCGUUUACACGAAAAACUCUGUUGUGUACUUCUUAAUCCCACAUAACAUUCAUCUUCAGAAAUAUAUUUCCUGAUGUUGGUCAAGUGAUGUAAUGCAGCAAAUUGAUAUCGAUUUUGUUCAUUUGUAUUGUUAGUCUUAACUUUAAUAACAGACUUACGAGGACGAUAACCGAGAGAUAAACGAUAACAUUGUAUCGCGCGUUCGGUAGUAUUGAAGUUUUUGAGUGAUAAUAAUUCAGCAGCGGUAGCUAAUCAGUUUUGUUGUAUAGUUUGAUCAAGUUCUUUAAUCUGUGUUGAAUCGAGUGCAGGUGGACGACCAACAUUAUAUCUAUCUGUAUAAUUUACCCCAUUAUGGCGCCCAUAAUAAUUGAUGACAUCGUAUAUUGUAGCACGGCGACACUUGAAGGAACGUGCUAUUUUUGAGAUAUUUAUAGAACCUUUUUUCCACUUGCAGAUGAUAUACCGGCGUUGUUCUUCAGUUAAUCUAUAUAUUUUCAAUGAAAUCAUGGAGCAAAACAAAUAGGGAGCAAAAACAAAAUAUACAAAAGUAAAUAUGCAACAAACCGACCAUUAACUAGAUUUUUAUUUCUGUUAUAAAUAUCUAUUCUUGUACUAUUCAUAUAUAUCAAAGAAAAUUUCUUCUAACUGCAAACUCUAUCUUUUACAGCAAAAGCCAGGUGUACGGUUAAUUUUGUCGCUGGUAGUUUUGUUGUAGAGCGGCUUGCAGAAAAGAGGGAGGGUAUAUACUAAUUUGUUGGUUUGAUUUGCUGAGUUUCUAUCACUUGCUAGGUUGCCAAUAAGAGAUUUAUCAUAUUGCCUAUGCCUGAUGCAUCGCUGUAAAUGCUAGAUCUUUUUCGAUUGAGGAUGAACUAUCAUGCAUUUGUUCAGAUUUUCACUUAUAGAUGCAAAUUUGGCAAUAAACUUGUUAAAUAUAUAACAUUUAAUUCGCUCUUUUGUGCAUGUGAGGCAAAUGACAGUAAAAGCAUUAUCGAUUAUCGUUUUAGUAUAUUCAAUGGCGUUAUUAGAGUGAAAAUACUUUUAUUAAAAUUAUGAAAACUCGUUAUAUCGGGUAACUGAUUCAUCUACAUAUCAAACUCAAACCAUCAACAUUAAUAAAAAUACUUUACAUUUCUAUUGUUUUGGAUACAGAGUAUUCAUGUUUCGUAGAUAUAAACAAUCGAAAAAGUUAAGAAGAUAUUUAGCGGUUCAAAACUAAACAAAAAUAGAUAUAAAAGCGAUUUUUGCCUUCCGAUUUCGGCGGCCCAAAGUUUCAAACAUUUUUCUUACUAACGGCAGCGCAGCAGCGGCUGCGACUUAGCCGCAAGGCUUACACCUCUAAACGUGAAGCUUUAUUUCAUUUUUGAUAAUAGUUAUAGACCUGUGUCAUGUGAAGAACAAUAUAUUGGUAUAUAAGGGAAAAAGCUAUUAAACAUUUUCAACUUAUGAAUGAUCGUGUUUAUGAUAAAGUUCUAGAAUAAUUUUUAAAAAAAACCAAGCCAAAUAAUUUCUUUUUUUUCUUUGACUUUUAUAUUUAUAAUCGAAUUUAAAUAUUUUGUAGAUAUUGAUUUUUGUAUAUUCAAGAAAAGAAACUAAUAAAAUAGCACGAGUUAUUGGUGAUAUUUAUUUAGAAGAGGAUACAUUUGAAGCAUAUCUUAAAGAAGAUUCAACUUUACAAGAAGUUCGUCGAAUAGAAAUUAAAUAA